GGCCUUGCAUAAAACAGAAACCUGUAGGAAAACCUGUAGAAUAAUAACCUGCUUACUGUUGCACUGUGGUUUCUGUCAGCAUUGCAGACAAAGGGCCUAUUUGUUAGCCAAGACACUGACACAUGUACUUUUUUUCACCCCGGCAGCCUCUGAGAUACGGGUUUGUGUUGAAGCAUGACCUAUUAAUGAACCAUCACCUCUAACCAUAAAGUACAAAAAAAUAACAGCUGACACCAUCACUUUUUAAUGCUCGGCAAGCUUCAAACUUAUGUCCGCCUGAGAAACUACUUCACCACUCAGGCUCAGAGUGGAGAAUAACAGCAGCAUGGCCAAACAGCCUCACCUGUGUUUGCUUCUUGUGUUUGCAUCCCAAAUAUCAGCCCUGACAGCGACCCAGGAGGGACUGAGGGUUAGACAGCAUCCUCCAUCUCUCAGUGUGAUGCGGGGUGAGACGGCAACCCUGUCCUGUCAUUUCAAAGUGGAAUCCCUCAAGUAUGGGGUUCAGUGGUUCAAAAUGAAGUCGGGAAAGCAGCUCAUCGCAAAGUCAUCCAGGCACAUCGCUUUGGAGAAGAAUCAAACCUCCUCCCUGGUGAUUACUGAUGUUGCACCGGAGGAUUCUGGGUGGUAUUACUGCGAGGUGAACGUCCUGCACAAAGACCCGGAGUGGGGCAACGGGACCGAGCUGGUCGUCCUGGCACCACCUUCUGCUCCUAAAGUAUACCUCCAGAUUCCCCCUGACCCACAGACAGGGCAGUGGGCUCUCAUCUGUCUCACAGGGGGAUUCCACCCAAGUAGGCUCACCCUCGCCUGGAUGUACCAAAGUGCAGCAGCUGAUAUCGAUCACCUGUCAGUCACCAAUUGCACCCUACCUGCUAACGACCCUCAUGGCAACCUGUCCGAACACCCAGCCGAUGGAGCCCUGCUGUCUUCUUGGUUGGUGAACUCUGUGCCUCUGCGUCAGUCAACGUGUUUCCAGGUGACGGACAUCUACAGCCGGGAAGUGUUUCUCUUCAGUGUGCUUUUCCUCCCCAAGAAGGAGUCCUUGAGAACGGGGAUAACCUUCACCUGUGGGCUGCGGGACCACCCUGCCAUGACCACUGCUCUGACUGCCUCCUUUACAUGGGAUGCCUCCCCUAACCAGGUGAUUGUAUAUUUGAAUGUUCUCAAGAUGUGUUUCCUCUCCGCAAUGGCCGUUGUGUUUUUACUGGAAGCAGCCAAACAUUUCUGGGUGUGAGGAAAAUGAUGAUGUCUGCCAUGAAACGCAAAAUGAAAUAGGAGAGAAAACAAAAAUGGGCCGGCGGGUAUUCAGCACAGCUCAUCUCAGCAGACCAACCUUUGACAAACAGCUUCAUACAAAUUCAAGUACAGAGUCGUCACAGAAAUAAAGAAGAUUAAUUCUGAGUUAGUUUAAUCCACACUAUAAGUAAAUGUUGCACAUAGGUCCCUCUAUCAUAUGCAAUAAAAGGUUCCCCCAGUUUCUAGGCACAUGCUUGUAUGUGCAUGGUUACAUCUGCUUCUAUGUAUAUUCCUCUUUGCUCUCUCAUCCUCUAAACAUUGAUUUCUUCCCGCACAUCAGAGCUGUUUAUCUCUAUAACUUUUUAUCGCUCCCGGUAUGCUGACUAGCGUGUAUUUUGGAUUUGUUCAUUGUGUCAGUGGCUGGUAGCCCACAAAUCUUAGUCAUUCACUUGGGGUCUGUGCAUCAAAAUGAAUGCUUCAUGCAUGAUCCACCUGUCAAACCGAUACAGUGAUCAGCUCAACCUCCGUGUAGGCCUAAUCCUCACAAAACAGGAUUACAGCCCAUGCCAGCGCUUUGCUUGUGUGAUAGCAUUGUUUAUGUUUGCAGCGUGUGGGGUGAGAUCUUGAUUCACAUGUUGGUGGAAGUUCAUUUUAAAUUUAGGCCUGCCCACACUGCCAAGAGCAAGAAACAGUGCCAGAAAUAAUGAUCAUCACACUGGGAUCAUGCUGAUGUAUCUACAGUAUCACCGCAUUAGUGAUGUCAAAAACAGGCUGCUCAAUAAACUUUCUACUGCUCAAGCUUAUUUUAUUUUAUGUCAUAAUAAAGUAAAAAAAAAAAGCAAUAUAUUUCAUACAACAUGGCUUAAUUCAUGUGAAAUUUAUAUGCAAUCUUCUCAUUCUCUCUUUCAAAAACAAAUUAGUCCUUAUCUCUCCUCUUUCAUGUACAAACACACACUCACAUAAACAAAGUCACGUUUUACAUGACAGCUGGCUGUGCCGUAGUUAAUAUGUGUGCAUUUAUAAUUUUAUGUUUUGCUUAUGAAAAUAGUGUUUGUGUGUGUCACUUUUGGUCUCUUCCAUUAUGUACACACACAUGAAUG